AUGUCCUACAACGACCAGAACAAAUACUACGACCAGCAGGGCCAAACGGGCCAGCAGGAGUAUGCUGCUGAUUCGUACCAGAACUACGGGCAACCCGCCCCGUUCGACGAGUACGGACAGCCCAUUAAUCCUCAGGAUCCUUAUGACCCCGAGGCUGCUGCCCACUAUGACCCCAACGCUGCUCACUACGACCCUAACACUGCCGAAUACUAUGCCCAACAGGGCUACGACCCGGAGUCUAUGGACUACGCCAACGGCAACGCCAACGGAAACGCUUACUACGAGCAGCCCCGUGGUGCCGGUCAAGAUCCCGAAAACUUUUCGGAUUUUAGUUACGGACCUCCUGGCACUCCAGGCUAUGACGGUUAUGGUACUCCCAGCGCCGGACAAUACACACCUUCUCAAAUGAGCUAUGCUGAACAUAGAUCCUCCGGCACUUCUACGCCAAUUUACGGUGGUGAAGGUUUCGAUUCGUCUGCCAUUGCUAUGGCCCUACCAAACGAGCCUUAUCCAGCGUGGACCGCAGACAAUCAGUCGCCAGUCGCCAUCGAACAAAUCGAAGACGCUUUCAUCGAUUUGGCCAACAGAUUUGGUUUCCAAAGAGACUCCAUGAGAAAUAUGUUCGAUCAUUUCAUGGUGCUCUUGGACUCCAGAGCCUCUAGAAUGUCACCUCAACAAGCUUUGCUAUCGUUGCACGCUGAUUACAUCGGUGGCGAUACCGCCAACUAUAAGAAAUGGUAUUUCGCCGCCCAGCUGGAUAUGGACGAUGACAUCGGAUUCCGUAACAUGAGCUUGGGUAAACUUUCUAGAAAGGCUAGAAAGGCCAAGAAGAAGAAUAAGAAGGCCUUGAAGGAGGCGGACACCGAGAACACAGAAGCCAUGCUAGAUCAACUUGAAGGCGACAGCUCUUUGGAGGCUGCAGACUUUAGGUGGAAGGCAAAGAUGAACAAACUUGCUCCGCUUGAGAUGGUUCGUCACAUUGCCUUGUAUCUGAUGAUUUGGGGUGAAGCCAACCAAGUUAGAUUCACUCCCGAAUGUCUAUGUUUUCUUUACAAGUGCGCAUCUGAUUAUUUGGACUCGCCUUUGUGCCAACAACGCACCGAACCCAUGCCCGAAGGUGAUUAUCUUAACAGAGUUGUCACCCCUCUGUAUUUGUUCGUAAGGUCUCAAGUUUACGAGGUUGUUGACGGUCGCUUUAUGAAGCGCGAAAAGGAUCACAACAAAGUUAUUGGUUAUGACGAUGUCAACCAAUUAUUCUGGUACCCAGAAGGUAUUGCCAAAAUCGUUUUUGAAGAUGGCACUAGACUCAUUGAUUUGCCUGCUGAAGAACGUUAUUUAAGAUUGGGAGAGAUUAUCUGGGAUGAUGUCUUUUUCAAGACUUACAAAGAGACCCGUACUUGGUUUCACAUGAUCACCAACUUCAACCGUAUAUGGAUUAUGCAUGGGUCCAUAUACUGGAUUUACAUGGCUUAUAACGCACCAACCCUCUACACCCAAAACUAUCAACAAUUAGUGGACAAUAAGCCCUUAGCUGCCUACAGUUGGGCUUCUUGUGCAUUGGCUGGUACCUUUGCGUGUUUCAUUCAACUCGUCGCUACUAUUGCAGAAUUGUUUUUUGUUCCUAGAAAAUGGGCUGGCGCUCAGCAUUUAUCUCGUCGUUUUUGGUUUUUGGUUUUGAUCACUGCUGUGAACUUGGGUCCUAUCAUUUUCGUUUUUGCUUAUGAUCCAAUGGAUGUCAAAUCAAAGGCUGCUCACGUCGUAGCGGCAGUAAUGUUUUUUGUUGCAUUGGCCACUAUCUUUUUCUUCUCGAUCAUGCCAUUAGGCGGUUUAUUCACCUCCUAUAUGCAAAAGUCUACUAGACGCUACGUGGCUUCUCAAACAUUUACUGCAUCUUUCGCUCCAUUGAAAGGCCUUGACAUGUGGAUGUCAUAUCUCCUGUGGGCGACCGUCUUUGCCGCCAAGUUUUCAGAAUCUUACUUCUUUCUAAUCAAAUCUCUAAGAGAUCCUAUUAGGGUGUUGAGUACCACAUCAAUGAGAUGUACUGGUGACUUUUGGUUUAAAGCUCAGCUUUGUUCUGUUCAGCCUAAGAUUGUUUUGGGCUUGAUGAUCGCUACCGAUUUUAUUUUGUUUUUCUUGGAUACUUACAUGUGGUAUGUCCUUUGUAACAUGGUCUACUCGAUUGGUAGAUCUUUUUACUUGGGUAUUUCCAUUUUGACACCAUGGAGAAACAUUUUCACGAGACUUCCAAAGAGAAUCUACUCGAAGAUCUUGGCUACGACUGACAUGGAGAUCAAAUACAAGCCUAAAGUUUUGAUUUCCCAAGUCUGGAACGCCAUCGUCAUUUCAAUGUACAGAGAACAUCUGCUGGCCAUCGAUCACGUCCAAAAGCUUCUGUACCAUCAAGUCCCAUCUGAGAUUGAGGGUAAAAGAACCUUGAGAGCACCAACCUUUUUCGUUUCGCAAGACGACAAUAACUUCGAUACGGAGUUCUUCCCAAGAGAUUCUGAAGCUGAACGUCGUAUCUCCUUUUUUGCUCAAUCUCUGGCUACCCCAAUCCCUGAACCUCUUCCUGUUGAUAACAUGCCUACUUUUACUGUCUUGACUCCACACUACUCUGAAAGAAUUUUGCUAUCUUUGAGGGAGAUUAUUCGUGAAGAUGACCAAUUCUCUAGAGUUACUCUGCUGGAAUACUUGAAGCAAUUGCACCCUGUUGAGUGGGACUGUUUCGUAAAGGACACUAAGAUUUUAUCAGAGGAAACUGCUGCUUACGAAGGUGCUGAUGAGAAUCUUGAAAAAGAAGGUGAGGCAGGCAUGAAGGCCCAAAUAGAUGACUUACCAUUUUACUGCAUCGGUUUCAAGUCUGCUGCGCCAGAGUACACUUUGCGUACCAGAAUCUGGGCCUCGCUAAGAUCCCAAGCUUUAUAUCGUACUGUAUCCGGGUUCAUGAACUACGCUAGAGCUAUUAAGCUUCUGUACAGAGUUGAAAACCCUGAGAUUGUUCAAAUGUUUGGAGGAAACGCUGAAGGUUUAGAGAGAGAAUUGGAAAAGAUGGCCAGAAGAAAAUUCAAAUUUUUGGUAUCAAUGCAGAGACUUGCGAAAUUCAAGCCACAUGAGCUAGAAAAUGCUGAGUCUUUGCUCAGAGCCUACCCAGACUUGCAAAUUGCCUACUUGGAUGAAGAGCCCCCACUAAACGAGGGCGAAGAGCCAAGAAUAUAUUCUGCCUUGAUUGACGGUCACUGUGAACUUCUCUCUAAUGGUCGUAGACGUCCUAAGUUUAGAGUACAGCUUUCGGGUAAUCCAAUUCUAGGUGAUGGUAAAUCUGAUAAUCAAAAUCAUGCUAUGAUUUUCUACAGAGGUGAAUACUUGCAACUGAUCGACGCUAACCAAGACAAUUACUUGGAAGAGUGUUUGAAAAUUAGAUCAGUACUUGCGGAAUUUGAAGAAUUAAAUGUCGAGCAGGUCAAUCCAUAUGCUCCGGGUUUGAAGUACGAAGACCAGUCUACUAAUCAUCCUGUGGCUAUCGUCGGUGCUAGAGAGUACAUUUUCUCAGAGAACUCUGGUGUGUUAGGUGAUGUUGCCGCUGGUAAAGAACAAACAUUUGGUACACUAUUUGCUCGUACUCUCGCCCAAAUUGGUGGUAAGCUGCAUUACGGUCACCCUGAUUUUGUCAACGCUACGUACAUGACAACUAGAGGUGGUGUCGCCAAGGCGCAAAAGGGUUUACACUUAAAUGAAGAUAUCUACGCUGGUAUGACCGCUCUUCUCCGUGGUGGACGUAUCAAGCACUGUGAAUACUAUCAGUGUGGUAAAGGUAGAGAUUUGGGUUUUGGUACUAUUUUGAAUUUCACCACCAAAAUUGGUGCUGGUAUGGGUGAACAAAUGUUGUCUCGUGAAUACUACUAUUUGGGAACCCAAUUGCCACUCGAUCGUUUCCUUUCUUUUUACUAUGCUCACCCUGGUUUCCAUUUGAACAACUUGUUUAUUCAAUUGUCGGUCCAACUCUUCAUGUUGACUAUGAUGAAUUUGAGUGCUUUGGCUCACGAAUCUAUUCUUUGUCAAUACGAUAGAAACAAGCCUGUGACUGAUAUUUUAUAUCCAAUCGGUUGUUACAAUUUCGCUCCUGUGGUUGACUGGGUUAGACGUUACACAUUGUCUAUCUUCAUUGUUUUCUUUAUUUCUUUCAUCCCCAUCGUUGUUCAGGAAUUGAUCGAGCGCGGUAUUUGGAAGGCUACUCAAAGAUUUUUCAAGCACAUCAUAUCGUUGUCUCCUAUGUUUGAAGUGUUCGCCGGUCAGAUUUAUUCCUCAUCUUUAUUGAGUGACUUGACUGUUGGUGGUGCUCGCUAUAUCUCAACUGGUCGUGGCUUUGCUACCUCCCGUAUCCCGUUCUCAAUUCUAUACUCAAGAUUCGCUGGGUCUGCGAUCUAUAUGGGAGCAAGAUGUAUGCUGCUUCUAUUGGCGGGCUCUGUUGCCUACUGGCAGCCUGCGUUACUAUGGUUCUGGGCUUCUUUGACCGCUCUUAUGUUCUCACCAUUUAUCUUCAACCCACACCAGUUUUCGUGGCAAGACUUUUUCUUGGACUACCGUGAUUAUAUCAGAUGGUUAUCCAGAGGUAACAAUAAGUAUCACAGAAACUCCUGGAUUGGAUAUGUGAGAAUGUCGAGAUCUAGAGUAACUGGUUUCAAGCGUAAACUAACUGGUGACGAGUCCGAAAAAUCUGCUGGCGAUGCUGCUAAAGCCCAUAAAACAAAUAUGAUUUUGGCGGAUGUUAUUCCAUGUGCCAUUUAUGCAGCUGGUUGUUUCGUUGCUUUUACUUUCGUCAAUGCUCAAACUGGUGUAAAAGAUGCCGAACUGGUCAACUCUACAUUGCGUAUUGUCAUCUGUACGUUGGCGCCAAUCGCCGUUGACAUGGGUGUUCUGUUUUUCUGUGUGUGCCUCUCUUGCUGCUCUGGUCCACUCUUUGGAAUGUGCUGCAAGAAGACGGGUUCCUCAAUGGCAGGAUUCGCUCAUGGCGUGGCCGUCAUCGUUCACAUUGUCUUUUUCAUCGUAAUGUGGGUUUUGGAAAGUUUCAACUUCGCCAGAAUGUUGAUUGGUGUAGCAACAUGCUUGUACAUCCAAAGAUUGAUAUUUAAGAUCAUUACUGUUUUCAUGCUCACGCGUGAAUUCAAGAAUGACAACGCUAACACUGCCUUCUGGACUGGUAAAUGGUACGGAACUGGAUUUGGAUACAUGGCUUGGACACAACCAGCCAGAGAGUUUUUAGCCAAAACCGUGGAACUCUCUCAUUUUGCUGGUGAUUUCAUCCUUGGUCACUUCAUUUUGUUUUGCCAAUUGCCGCUCAUCUGUAUUCCAUCCAUUGACAAGUUCCACUCCAUCAUGCUCUUCUGGUUGAAACCAUCUCGUCAAAUCCGCCCUCCUAUCUAUUCGUUAAAGCAGACACGUUUGCGUAAGCGGAUGGUGAGAAAAUACUGCUCUUUGUACUUUGUGGUUUUGGUUCUAUUCGUGGGAUGUAUUGUCGGUCCAGCUGUUGCUGGCGCGUUAAUCAAGACCGAUUUUGGCAAGAGUCUAAACAGCAACAUCAACCAAGACAUGCUACAGAACCUUGUUCAACCAAGAAACCAAAGCAACAAUGACACUGGUGCUUCACGUCAAGAUAAGAGUCACUUGUACUACAGCACCCCUUCAAUGUCAAGCUUUUCCACCAAGGCUUAA